AUGCAAGAAUGCGUGAAAAUACCGCGCUGUGGAGAGUACGGGGAAAUCACGUUGAAAAAUUUGAUGCACGGACAAGAUGUGGUUAACAUCUGUCAGCAGCAGUUCAGCGACCAGAAAACUGACACUUCAAAGGAAUGUCUCGACCUCUACAAUCGAUAUGUCAACCUCGAGAAAAGUGAAUUCGAGACCUACGACACCUACGUUGUUGAUGACAACGUCGGGCUGCUAUGCAUGGACGACGCAGUGGAAAGCCGCGUGCCCACUUGUGAAAAUGUACCCGAUUAC